CAAGAAUCUGUCUCAACCUUUCAGUGAGGCAGAGCCGUUCCUGCCUCAAGUUCCUGCUUUCUAUUAGACAUCUGCUACUGGCUACAGAUUAUCUUCACACCUAAUGCAAGAUUCAUUCUGAAACAAAACAGCUAAACUAAAUCCAGUUAGUCAUCGUUACAAACACACGAUGACGACGAUGACCAGCCUUGUUUUCACGUGGCUGCUGCUUCUGACAGCUUGCAGUGCGGUGACACCAGGUCUGCACAACAACCUCACUAAUGUGACGUCAGGUGAAGAAGUCGAAAACAUGUUUGUCAUCAAACAGGUGGCAACAAACAGGACAUCAGUGUCCAAGCAGCUUUCAGAGAUCCCAGGCGUCACUGUUACACCACCUACCACUGAGGAUGUGCAUCCCAUAGAAAACAAAACCAGGUCUACUCCUUCACUGCAAACAAACACUUCAACAACAAUCUCAGUGAGUGGUGAAAAAACAGCAGCUUCAGUUAAUUCUGAAUGGAUGGAUUUCACCAGUUCAACGGAAAGAAGCACUUUUAAAGUUACCAAAUCCAUUUCAGCGGUUCAGACAAGGUUCAGUCAAGCUAGAGAUCAAACCGCUCUUUCAACUGAACCGCCACAGAGCCACACCACAAAAACACAGUCAGCCUCUCAGUUCACAAGAAGUACCUCUCAGUCGACCUCCACAACCCCGUCUACAACCCUCAUCUCUACCGCCACAACAUCUAUCAACACUGAAAAGAGCACGUCUAUUAGGAUACGCCCGGUCACAGGGGGUGAUGCUGCAACAUCCCCAGGUUCACACAAAACUACAGCUGCAGGGCUUUUAGUCCACAACAACAAGGCCAAGAAGAAACAGGGAAAGGCAACCAACCAAACAAACCACGGAAAAGUGGUGGCAGGAGUAAUAGGUGCCGCCAUUUUUCUGAUGAUGUUAGGAUUCCUGCUCAUCUACAUAAAGAAACAAAGUGUCCAGAAACAGCAAACAACAACUACAGACUGGGCUGGUCCCUCCCCAUUCCUAGAGGGUGGGCUUGAUAAUGACAAAGUUACUCUGAGGUCAUCUAAUCAAAUCUCCUUAUCCAGCUUUCUGCCUAAGAGACUGUCUAAAAGAUUGUCUCUGCUUCCAGAAACAGAUCAGGAGUUACAAGACAUGACGCCAGGCACCACGUUUGGAGGCAAACAUCAAGGGGGCACAUCUGGUGAGAGUGUGGCUGAACAAAAAAAGAAUGGGGUUGAUGGAAGUGUCCUGGUCACGGACAGCAAAGGCGAAGUUGCAGAGGCAGCUGUAAACUCUGCCUCUAUGAGAGACCACUAACAGCAUCAAAGGCUUCCCUAACAACUGCCUGAAUAAUUCAGAGGCAGGCAGCUUUAGACAAGAUCAUUCUACUAAUCCGCUUAAUCCGUCUGGACAAACUAAAGGCAAAAGCCAAAGAAGGCCUUGUGCUGUUCUAGACAAACUGGAACAUUUCCCAACGGAUCCAUCCGCUGCACAUUCAUUUUGCUUUUUAAGCAGCUUCUUCAGGGGCAGAGAAUAUAAAAACAGGAUAUUGACUAACUUGCCACUAUGACAAAAAUAUGAGACAGUGAUGCUUACCCAACGAUUGAUUCUUCAAGAAGUAGCACCUGUACUAGAGGUUCCCAGACCCUUAAUGUUUGUGCUGAUGUCUACAGAUAAAACAAACACACUUUAAAGAGGUCCUUCACUCAUAUUUUUGAUACGUGUGCAGUGGUCUCCAGCAGGAACGAACUCCUUGUAAGUUGAACUC